AUGAAUGGAGAAGAUCACUAAGGCUGGAUGUUGAAUGUGUUUUUUAUGUUUUCAGGUUUUUUUAAUUUUCGGACAGAAAUGAGGAGGGGGUGGCCUGGCUUCCAUCCGUCGCUGGGGUGUUUUUGUGUGGGCACAGACUAGAGCUGCAGGCACACGAACAGUGGACUCCUUCUGCUGGAUGGUAAAGGCCAGAUGGAAGCGCACACGCACACGCACACGCACGCACACACAGCUGACAUGCAGGACGCGCUCCUGUGAACGCACGGGCUCGGUGCUUUUGUUUUCUGUGGUUUUUUCCCGGUGCAUCUGCAGCCAGCUGCUGUGUGCUCCCACUAACACCCAGAGGAAAACUGGAGCUGGAGGACAGAAAACCUGAAGGAAAACAACAGCGAAGCGUUUGGAGCCGAAGGACACACAGACUCAGAGCCUUUCUUCCUUUUUUUUUUUUUUUUUUUGUGUGUGUCUGUUUUCUUUUGCAGUGGACAGGACCUGGCUGUAACAGAACAAGUCUGAGGUAACAUCAGGCGGAAUGAAAACGAUCAGAAAUCCGAAUAGAAUCCCAAACCAAACAGUCCGUUUGAGGACCAGGACGCUUUAGUUUAUUUCCUACAUCUGGCUGCAGUUUGGAUGGGGCUUAAGCAAAAACAAAUUUGGCAAAGUGUUGAAUCUGUGUUUAUGUGGACAAGCCCUAGUGUUUGAAGGAUUACACACAGGGCCUUGUUGUGAAUGAAAUGGGCAUUUACAAAAUACCCACGCCUGCAUUAGUGCAAUUAUGUAUUACACUAAAUAUUACACUUUGUUUAGAGAUAAACUGAUUAAUCGACCCUGAUCUACGAUUAUGGGCAAAAGUUGACUGAUAGAUCAGAUUUGGCUUCACUGAAAAUAGGCCGACUGACACUGAGGGGGAAAUAAAGGCUUGAAAUAUUACAUUUGACCAUUAUUAUUAUUAUUAUUAUUAUUAUUAUUAUUAUUAUUAUUAUUAUUAUUAUUAUUAUUAUUUUAAUGUAUUUUUGUACAUUUUUUUGCAGAGGGCUAGGGCUAAUAUUGGAUGAUUAAUAAUCUGUCAGCUUCCCCCUGCUCCAGACUAUCAUCAGCCUUUGAAAAUACAGCAUCAGUCACCCUUUAGUACAAACUAAGAACAUAUAGAAUCCUUUAAUGACAUGUAACCAACACUAUGCAUGAGCAUUCAGUGACGUAAACAUGUCAUCACAUAUACUGUUCACACAAACAGACUCAAACACUGACAACAGGUGGUUGGAGGGUUUUUUGGUUUGGUUUUUUUAGAUACCCCUUUGAAAUCCUGUCAGAGAUGAACAUGAGAUCAUCUUUGCAACCAUCGGCUGAUUUUUAUUUUGCAGUAAAUCUGCAGUUAUGAAUUUUUUAUGGCUCGCUUUGACCGAUCAGUGAUGGCAUCAGUCAGUGACCUCUUUAUCGUCAGAGCUGGCUUUCAAUAGAAGAAGGUCAUUUGGGAGAUCUGUGGCCGCUCUUUAUUUUCUGACAGACAUUGAGCUUAACAUCUAAUAAUUCCCAAGAUGCUGCGUGUUUAUGUAAUGUGUUUAUGGUGUGAAAGGCUGUGUUUUUAUUGGACAGUUCACCUGAGUCACUGACUCUUCCCUGUGACUCUUCUUGUAAAUCAGACUCUUCAGUCAGUCCUGCUUGGCCCCCCCAGUUUCUGUCCCUGUGGUCAUGAAAAUGUUCAAGUACAGAUGGAUGAGGGGGAGUUCUCAGCUGCUCCGUCUGAGUCCGGGACACCGACCCUAGCUGACUCUAAUCUGAGUGGAUGUGUGUGAUAGCAGUCGCACCACCAGGGAUGAGUUUUGUGGCGUUGUUUUUGUGCUUCGUUGAUGGAUUCGUCUGUUAGCACGGCCCUGCAGGGCAGCAGUCUGAACACCCAGCUGGGCACCGCCUCACCUGUUGUACCAAGCAUGAUCAGCGUCACUCCUUUCACAGUCACAGCUCCAGACCCGACUACUCCACGGCUCCACAUGAACAUAUGGAGAGAAGUGGGUUCAUCUGAGCAGAUCCUGUCCUUCAGGGUUGUUUCCAUAGUAACCAGCCUGAUGACAGCCACUACGGAAGCCACAGUAGGAACUCCAAGAAACCAAUCGGACCAAAGAGGAAGUGAGCUGAGCCAAAUCCACCAGGCGUCCACCCCUUCGGUGCUCAGCGCAGCGGAGACCAGCUCUGUCCUGCAGGGUGUCACCGUGGCGGCCCAGGCCCUCGUACUCCUCGCCAUCUUCCUCCUGUCCAGCCUCGGCAACUCGGCCGUCGUCAUCGUCAUCAUCAAACACCGGCAGCUCAGGACGGUGACCAACGCGUUCAUCAUGUCGCUGUCGUUGUCCGACUUUCUCACCGCCGUUCUGUGUCUGCCGUUCUCCUUCGUCAUGCUCUUCAGUAAGGACGGUAUCUGGAUCUUCGGGGAUCGUUUCUGCGUCGCUAAUGGCUUUUUCAACACCUGCUUCGGGAUCAUCUCCACCCUGACGAUGACGCUGAUCUCCUUUGACAGAUACUAUGCGAUCGUGAGACAGCCACAGGCCAAAAUCGGACGACAGAAAGCCACUCAGUUGUUGAUAGCUGUUUGGCUGACCGCGGUCAUCUUUUCCCUUCCUUGGUACCUGCUUGUCCGAACACCUACAGAAAUCCAUAAAAGAGGUUUCUACCACUGUAUGUACGUGUUCCACUCUGGGACGUCGCGCAUGGGGACGGCUUAUAGCAUCUGUCUUAUCGUUGUGUGUUACUUGCUGCCCUUCUCCCUCAUGUGUUUCUGUCAUUAUAACAUCUGUAAGACAGUUCGGCUUUCAGAGAUACGAGUACGGCCAGUGACUACGUACGCAUACUUGCUGCGAUUCUACAGUGAAAUGCGAACAGCCACAACAGUUCUGAUUAUGAUUGUUUUCAUCAUUUUCUGUUGGGGACCGUAUUGUUUAAUGGGGUUGGUUACAGCGAUGGGAGACUAUACUUUCAACCCUGCGAUGGACACUGUUGCCAUCUGGCUAGCCUGGGCAAACGGAGCCAUCAACCCUCUGAUCUAUGCCCUGAGGAACCCCAACAUAUCCAUGUUACUGGGCCGGAGCCGAGAGGAGGGAUAUCGGACCAGAAACAUCGCUGCGUACUUGUCCAGCCAAACUCAGAACCGUGAGAUUCGGCUGAACCAAGCGGAGAGGAUAAGGGACCGUUAUGUGAGUCGGGUUGGAGUGAACAAUAACAGCCGGCUGUCCAAUUCUAGUCCUGGAAAAGGAGGCGGAGGAGAGGUGGCGAUGUGGGCCUGUAAAAACCCUGCCGUGUUCUUCUGCAGGGACGCUCAGCCUGACACUGCCGCGCUGGCCGACUCCAUCAGCGGCCCCAAGAUGAAGACGGCAGACACCAGCUUGUAACAUUUAACUGUGAACGGAAAGUUUACGCUGUGACGACUGUUUCCAUCUUUUUGUGUUCAUUGUCAUGUUUCUACAGAAUGCUGCUGUCACGUUUUGGAGAUUUACUCAGUGACUCUUUGUGUCUCCUCAGAUCACAACAUUAAAAUGGGAUUCUAAAGACCCAUUUAAUGAGAUUUUGUUCCAGAAAUCAACACAACAUAAACUGAAGUGUUCAUUACAGAACACUCCUUUGUGGGAAAGGAAAAUAAAGUUACAACAGUGAACGCUCAAUAAGUUCUUAUCGAAUUAAAUGCUGAUUAAAAUUUCCAUUUAAUUUUGUGAGCACAACAAGAAGGAUCCAUCGAACCUCCAAAGGGGUCUCUGGAAACCGCUGGAGCCAAUUCUUUAGACUACCAUGAAAUGUUUGUGUUGUGCUACUAAAGUCCUCAUAUCAGGCAUAAUUUCAUAAGUAAAUGCAGCAUGUGGAAGUGGAAAACAGAUGAAGGAUCUGGCAUCACUAAAUCCUGAUCUAAUUCUUUGCUUGAAGCCUUUAUGUACAGUACGUGUCCAUGUCCUCACCACAAGAACAUCACUGUAGGUCAUUUGUUCAAAUGCCUUAACUGCAACCUAUGAAUAUCCAACACAGAGCCUUUGGAUGGAUGACAUGUCCUCUGUUAGAAGCUAAAGCAGAAAUAAACAUCUGCAACACAAGAGAGCAGCAAAGUUCAUCCACAUGUCCUUGUGGUGGGAAUGUUGGUGCCAUCAUUGCACUAGUAGUAGACAAACGACGGCUGGUGCCACAAACCUCAAACAUGUUCGCCUCUGGCACACGUACUAAUGCUGCCCUGUGUCGUCUACGUUAGCCCGUUUGCUUCAAACAUACAGGUUUUCAAACAUACAGGUUAGGAGUGAAACAAAUGCACAAGUAAAUGAACUAGAUGUUUGGUCCAAUGAGGCCUGGAUUACAGGGAGCUUCUC